AUGGAAGGAUCUCACAUGGGCUUGCUCUUAUUCUGUUUCAUGGUUUUUGCCUAUGCUUCUGCUUCGUCCAGAAACUUGCCCAUCAUACCCUUUGAUGAAGGAUACGCGCCCUUGUUUGGAGACAGUAACUUGGUCAUCCAUAGGGAUGGCAAAUCGGUUCAUCUUUCACUGGAUGAGAGAACAGGUUCAGGAUUUGUUUCGCAUGAUCUUUACCUUUACGGGUAUUUUAGCGCUUCUAUUAAGUUGCCUGCUGAUUACACUGCUGGAGUUGUGGUUGCCUUCUAUAUGUCAAAUGGUGACAUGUUCCAGAAUAACCAUGAUGAAAUCGACUUUGAGUUUUUGGGAAACAUUAGAGGCAAAGACUGGAGGAUUCAGACCAAUGUUUAUGCCAAUGGUAGCACCAAUAUUGGCAGAGAGGAAAGAUAUGGUCUCUGGUUUGAUCCUGCAGAUGAUCUCCAUCAGUACAGUAUUGUCUGGACUGAAUCUCAGAUCACAUUUUAUGUAGAUAAUGUUCCGAUUAGAGAGGUGACAAGAACAGAAUCUAUGGGAGGAGAUUUUCCCUCAAAGCCAAUGACAUUGUAUGCAACAAUAUGGGAUGCAUCUGAUUGGGCCACCAAUGGAGGGAAGUACAGGGUUAACUACAAGUAUGCACCUUAUGUUGCCGAAUUCUCUGACCUUGUACUGCAUGGCUGUGCAGUAGAUCCAAUUGAACAGGUGGCCAAGUGUGACAAUGAUCAAAGUUCGGAAGUCAUUCCUUUUGGUGUUACACCAGCACAAAGAAUAAAAAUGGAGAAUUUCAGAAAGAAGCACAUGACUUACUCUUACUGCUACGACAAACUCAGAUACAAAGCCCCUCUAUCAGAGUGUGUCAUCAGUUCUCAAGAAGCUGAGAGGCUAAGAAAGUUUGAUCCAGUCACUUUUGGUAGUGGUCGGCACCACCAUGGAAAACGACACCGCCACACCACAAGAAGCCAGACAGAAGCAGCUUCAUCGUUUUAA